AUGAGGUGGGGCUUGCCGCAAAGCUCGCGGUGUUCUGUUGAAAUUCCAUUGCCGACCAUUAAAACAACGGACUAACAAUUUACCGAAGUGGAGACAACGAGAAAUAAGACAAAAUGUUGGAUUUAAUUGCAGAAGAAAUGUUAACAUUCGGAAAUAGGAUUACUCAAGGAUUGCAUUGAAGUGGACUGCAUUUUCCUCUGGUUUUGCCGUGGCUAGCUAACUCUCAAGCUAGCCGAAUCGGAACAAUCGGUAGCUAACCAGCCAGCUAUCUAACGUAGCUAGCUAACUACAGUAACUACAGACUUGUGUUAUAUGUAGUAGGACAAGGACGGUGCACGUUUCAUCGCUAAAAAUACGCAAAACGAAUGUUGUUUCUGUCAUGAGUCCAGCCGGGUGCCCCCAUGUGAACGGUUUCAAAGUGGAUAACUGGAAACAGAAUCUACGGGUUAUUUACCAAUGCUUUGUGUGGAGUGGAUCUGCCGAAACCAGGAAACGCAAGGCCAAGUCGUGUAUCUGUCACAUGUGCGGCGCCCACCUGAACCGGCUCCACUCCUGCCUCUCCUGCGUCUUCUUCGGCUGCUUCACCAAGAAACACAUUCACGAGCACGCCAAAAACAAACGACACAAUCUAGCUAUAGAUCUACUGUAUGGCGGGAUAUACUGCUUUGUGUGCCAAGACUACAUAUAUGACAAAGACAUGGAACAGAUUGCCAAAGAGGAACAAAGGAAAGCGUGGAAGUUGCAAGGUGUAGGGGAGAAGUAUUCGACGUGGGAGCCCACAAAGCGAGAGCUGGAACUGCUGCGGCACAAUCCAAAGCGCCGGAAAAUAACAACAAACUGCACCAUCGGUCUUCGAGGUCUGAUCAACCUGGGAAACACGUGUUUUAUGAACUGCAUCGUCCAGGCCCUCACCCACACCCCCCUGCUGCGGGACUUCUUCCUGUCCGACAGACACAAGUGUGAGAUGCAGUCCAACUCCUGUCUGGUGUGUGAGAUGUCACAGCUCUUUCAGGAGUUCUACUCGGGCCACCGCUCGCCCCACAUUCCCUUCCGGCUGCUGCACCUGGUGUGGACUCACGCGCGCCACCUUGCAGGCUACGAGCAGCAGGAUGCCCACGAGUUCCUCAUCGCUGCCCUGGAUGUGCUGCACCGCCACUGCAAAGGAGAUGACAACGGGAAGAAGGCUAACAACCCCAAUAACUGCAACUGCAUCAUCGACCAAAUCUUCACUGGAGGCCUGCAGUCUGACGUCACAUGUCAAGUCUGCCAUGGUGUUUCCACGACGAUUGACCCGUUCUGGGACAUCAGUCUGGACCUGCCAGGGUCGUCCACGCCCUUCUGGCCCCUCAGCCCCGGGGGGGACGGCAGCACACUGAACGGAGAGAGCCACCUCUCCGGGGCCACCACGCUCACAGACUGUCUUCGCAGGUUUACCCGACCAGAACACUUGGGGAGUAGCGCCAAGAUCAAAUGUAGCGGUUGCCAUAGUUACCAGGAGUCCACCAAACAGCUGACCAUGAAGAAGCUCCCCAUUGUGGCGUGUUUCCACCUCAAACGGUUUGAACACUCAGCGAAGCUGCGGAGGAAGAUCCCUACCUAUGUCUCGUUCCCCUUAGAGCUGGACAUGACUCCCUUCAUGGCCUCCAGUAAAGAGAGCAGGAUGAACGGACAGUACCAGCAGUCAGUAGACGUGUUCAACAACGACAAUAAGUAUUCUCUGUUUGCGGUGGUCAACCACCAGGGUACUCUGGAGAGCGGUCACUACACCACGUUCAUCCGGCAGCACAAGGACCAGUGGUUCAAGUGCGACGACGCCGUCAUCACCAAGGCCAGCAUCAAGGACGUACUGGACAGCGAAGGGUACCUCUUGUUCUACCAUAAACAGUUUCUGGAGUACGAAUAGCCACCUUCCUUCAGCACUGAUGUCAACAGCCACCAAGAGACUUGCAACAACAAGGUGGCGACAUGACUCACGUCUACCUGAAACUCUACGUCAGUGAAGAUUGAAGCUGGGGGAAUGGAGGGAAAGGAAAAUGAAUCAUGCAUCCUGUCUGCGUAAAGGACACUCCAAAACCAAUCUGCACUGAAGCUACUCGGAUCUACUUGAUAAGGAGGAAUAGAGGAGACGGGGAGGGAAGAUUGCAGGAUGGAGAGGGGGAGGGGGGUUCAGACAGACGGGCAGAUGGAGGGACAGACUGACCGUGGGCACAUCUCAUAAAAACUUCACAUUCAGUUAUUUUAUCAUUUCUGAAAUCCAUCAUUCCACCCACACAUACACCCAUCUACAAGUGACCAAGCAUUUUCAAAGGCGGAAAUAUAUUUGGUUGUCUAAUUUCUUUAUGCAUUAUUGUUGCGCUGACUGCAAAACAAGCUGACAAAUGGUAUUUACAAUAUUGCAAAGACAAAAGUGGUUACUAUAAUCGUUGUUUGUGACUUUUUAGUUAAAAAAUACUGUAUGAUUAAUCCAACACAUCUAUUUUGUAACCACGGAAAAAGACUUGAGUUGAAUAAGCGGAGUGUUGUUCUGUGAAAAAGCUAUCCUCUUUUGUGUUUUACUAUUCGCGAUGGCAGCGAAAAUACAUAAGUAUAUUUUUAUAAUUAAUUUUAGUCCUUGUUUAUGGUUUCCCAUCCUCCCCUCUGCCUCGAACAACCUUAUGUUGUGCAGUCAGUGUCCUUUUCAAAAAGACACCGUUUCACAUUUGUUCCUUUCUUGCGCUGAUGGUAUAAUUCUUGUGUUGCUGACAUAUCGUGGGGAAUUUGUUUCAGGUGAUGCGCUGUUGUGGAUAAGAAAAAGACUGGCACAUUGUGCAUCCUGCCGGAGACGAUGGCUCGAUCUGACAGUGUUAAAACUUGUCCACGUGUUUCUCGAAUUCCGUGUAUGCGCGAGCGCACGUGUGUUAUGCAUAUGUUUGUGUACUGAAUCAGUACUUUCAAUUCAGCAUGCUGUCUACGAUGGAUAUAAAGUAGGUGUCAGAGUUUUUUUUUUUUUUCCGUUUUUUUUUCACAUCAUGUAUGUAUGUAUGUAUGUAUGUAUGUAUGUAUGUAUGUAUGUAUGCUAAAAUAGGAAACCAAGGUAUAAACUGAGUUACUUUAUCGGCCAAGGAUCAUUAUGGUCUAGUCAAGACUACACCCCCAACACUUUAUCUGCUGCAAGAACUGGACACUGAUGGUGAGACCCAAAAUAAAAACCUAUAUCUUUA